AUGAAUUUAGGCGCGCUAAAGCAAAGUUCCGUAGAAGACCGUGAGAUGUCAAGUCGAUCGGGACCGCGAGCGAACAAAAGAACGGGAUUGGUCGCUUCGAAAACAUGUGUUUCGUUUCCCGCCUCGUGGGUUGUUAUUGUGUGGGGGCCCCGCCAGUCCGGUGAGCCGAGUGUAGAGAGCAUAGGGCCUAGGCCAGAAUCGAACCGCCGUUGGGUUGGCUCUUCGGUACGGUGGUGGCUCUGUCCAACUGGUGACCGACCGUGGUCCGUCCGUCAUAUUCCCGGUUUGAAAGCAAGGUUGCGACUAGUUGUUGCGACGCAGGAAGGUGUAGUGAUCCGUGUCAAGGAACUUGUUCUUGACAAUUGUCGGAGUACACAUAUAGUAGGUCUGACAGAUGAGUUUGUUGCAUUAGAAUCGUUAAGUCUCAUUAAUGUGGGUCUUACCAGUCUAAAAGGCUUCCCAAAACUAUCGAGUCUUAAAAAGUUGGAACUUAGUGAUAACAGAAUUUCUGGAGGUUUAAAUCUUCUUCAAUCAAGUCCCAAACUAACUCAUCUUAAUCUUAGUGGAAACAAGAUCAAAGAUCUUGAUACACUUCAACCUUUAAAAGAGUUUAAAAAUUUAAAAAAUCUGGAUCUUUUUAACAAUGAAGUAACAAAUUUGGACAAUUAUAGAGAAAAAGUUUUUAGCCUUAUUCCCAGUCUUCGAUGUCUUGAUGGAUUUGAUACAGAUGAUUGUGAAGUAGAUAGUGAAGGGGAAGAUGAUGAAGUAAAUGGAAAUGAAGAUGGAGAUGGAGAUGCUAAUGAAGAAGAUAGUGAGGAAGAAUCGUCUCCUGCUCGAGGAAAGAAGAGAAAACAUGAAGAUGGAGAUUCAGGGAACUAGAACCAUAAAAAACAGGUUUCUGAUACUGUUGAAUGAGUGUAAAAUUCAUAUAAAUAAUAAUAACAAUUGAGACACCGAGUGAACAUCUGGGAAUCAAAUUAAUUGACCGACCAAUGACAGACUACUACAGUUAGUGGUGUGAAUUUAUCAGUAAAUCAUUGACUGACAAAUUGUCUGUGGAACAACAAACCAUUGCGAAGAAGAGGAAUGUGAAUGAAAAUGAAAAAAAGGAUAAUGAUGGCAUAAAAUAGGACUGCAUUCCAGCUGGGCACAGCGCGUUUUAGUUAUACUAACGAUAUUUUAUAUAGAGUAUAUAGUUAGAGUAUUAGUGGUGUUGCAUAGUGAGUGAAAGAUCAGAUAUUGAAGGACUUGGAAAAGGCAACAGUGGAGUUUUACACUUGAAGGAGCAUAUUUGUCUGUUAGCUCCAGUCGGCCAAAGGCUGGUCACGCUGGAAUGCAGUCAUCGUUAAUCAGUACUAAGAUUACAUAAGUUACAUUUUAAAUACAUUAUUAUUGUACCAUGGAUAAGUAUAGAGUAAAUGAGGAACAAUUUUUUGUACAGGUUUACACCAUACAUUGAGGUGCAUUACGCCUCUGUGAUUUUUGGGACAGAAAAUAAAGAGAUAAAUAUAUGUUGCUCAUACAUUGAGCUUAUAUCUAUGAAAGAUGUAUUAAGAUAAGAAUUUACAUCAUAAGAUUGAAAAAAUGAAAAAAAAAAGUAUGUACAUUUCAUUUAUUAAAGUAAUAAUGUUUAAAAUGUAUAAUUGAUACAAACAAAAGAAAAAAAUCAGUAAUAUUUUAGUAUUUUCAGUUUCAUUAUUUUGAUAUAAGUUAAACAGUUUUGAUAUUUUAAAGACUUUUGGAAGGAACUGCGAAGUAGUUUGCAAAAGCAUAAUUAAUGAAUAUUGUAAUAUUCUGACUAGUAAUUUUUAGUAAAUUUUAAGUUUCAGGUGUUUAUGUAUAAUGGCAAUAAUAUGCCGCACUAACAUGUCUGUUAAGAUUACUGCUGUUUACUUUUGGGCAUUCCAUGUGCUACGUGUUAUGCUCUAAUAUGACAAAUUUAUUUGUUUAAUAAAAUUGUCAUAUUUUCCUAUUUAUAAUUGCAAAUAUGCAACUACAAUAAUUAGACGUUUUUUUAUAUUAAAAAAUCGUAUGAUUUGUUUACGAUUUACAAAUUACUUAAUGAAUUUGUAUUGUUUAUAUGUAACAAUAAGUUCAAAUAUUGGAACAUGAUAUUAAACAAAAACAAAAAAUCAAAAUUAUCAUAAAUUACCAUAAUUACCUUUAAUUUCUGUCUCUGAAGUUACCAUAGCGCUGACACAUCUCGUGAUCAUUAAAGUGCGAAGUUAAUGAGUAAUGAUCAUUAAUAUUAUUAUUAAUAUUAAAUUACAAUUAUGAUUUAAAAAAGGUAACAAAUAUUUACACUUGCGCUUUCGCACUUUUGAAUUGUAUUUAAAAAAAAAAAGAAACGCAAAAUUUAGAUUAGAGUGGAAAGAUAAAAUCUCGAGAAAUAGGCGCAAAAAUAAAAGAUGGAUCAGACGAUGUAGUUAAUGGUGAGACUGUGGCAAGUGGAUUACUGAACGGACUACCAAUUAACUACGUGAUCGUGAGAAUGGAUGGGAGUGAAAUAGCGAGUGAGAGUGCAAGAGAGGAUCGGUUUUAUAAGAAAAAAAUUAUGGUAGAGUCGAGGAUCUGGCGCCUCUUUGUCGCCAGUUUGGUUAUGGCCUUAUCCAAUUUUUCCAAGACUAAAGCAAAUUUAUAUUAGGUACAAUGAGUAUAUGACAUGUACAGGUCCAAAUCUGUAAAUUUCCAAUCUGCAAUUUGUAAUUGCGGCUCGCGCGAAUGUCGUAUUAAAAGUUAAAUUAUAAAUAAUUAAAAAAAUUAAAUUAUAAAUAAUUAAACAUUCCGCGCGCCCCGCGACACACUUUUGUCAAUUGCACUUUUGGAUAGACCAUUUACAUAAGGGAAUCUAUCACUUUCUAUUAUCAGAUCUAUAACAUCUCUGUAUUGUCUGUCUGUUCCGUUGUUAAAGUGGAUUUUUAUCAUAACGUUUGUUUAUUUCGAGCAAUCCUCAUCACAAAAUAAGAAAAAAUAAUUUAUUAAUAAAAUCAUUUACAAAUCAAGGAUGAUGUGUGAUAAAUAUUAAUAUAUUUUCCACUUUCUAAUCCAUAUCUAUAUAUAAAUAAGAUAUUAAAAAUUUUAUUUUUACUUUAAUUUUCUCUUAAAUCUAUGUAAUAUGUAUAUACUAUUUAUAUAUACAUAUAACGAAGAUGUAAGCAAUAGAGAUAUGUUGAUUUUGAAUAUAAAAGUUAUAAUUGGAAGUUUUCGAAUAUUAGAGUUGCUAUAACUUUUAUAUUCUAAAUGAAAACAACUUUUAUUGGUUACAUUUUCCAUUUUUUCUUUCGUGUUUUAGAUAAUUAAUAGCUGAAAUAUUUAAAAUAUCACUUACAAUUAAUUUUAUAUUUUAAGUUUAAUUUUAUUUUUAA